AUGGUGAAAAUUGUUCGCUCAUACUCGUGGGAGGAAUUCCAUCAAGAUUUCCUCCACCAUUGGAUUGAAGCGGUUAAAUAUCUAAAUUAUCAUAGAGAUAAAUUUGCUACAAAUCCACUAUUAUGGAAUUUGGCAUGUUUUGCGGCAUGCCUUCUUCUUCUUGCUUUUUCAGUAUUGAUUAUGACAAUUUUUGGUCGAGUUGUUGAUCCUCGAUAUCCAAAUUUAUCGCCUCGCAGGCUAUCUUUGUGGGAGUUGUUCUUCACUCUCCAGUUAUCAGACAGCGGAAACGAGAAUGAAAAGCUUGCUUGCAAAACUAUUAGAACAGCAGUGGAAAUCGAGAAGUCAGCGAAACCGCUAGCAGAUCCAACUGCGAAGAGUGGAGGACGUUCUGCCGAAGUAGUAGCAGCAUCUCAUAAUUCAUCCGAACAAGGGAAUGUAAUUGUAGCGGAGACCACUAAAAUUUGCUCAACACCAGACAAAAAACUAAGUAUAGCUCCAACGCCAAUGUUUAGUGCCGAGAAAUUAUUAAAGGAAUCAGCAAAAAAAGUCGAACCGAAUUCGGCGGAAAAUUUAGUGACUCCAACCUCGAAAGAAUUGCUAUCAAAUGAACGGAUAGCUUUAGAUGAAUACAAAGCACCACCUACGUUGUCGUUAGCGAAAACGAUGUCAUCGAUAAGGAGUGUUCAACUUGAAGCUAAAGUGACACGCUCAAACGAAACACUUCUACCACCUAAAUAUGGAUCUAUGGAAAAUCUGAACAAGGUAGCACCUAAGAGACAAUCUGCUGAGCAAUUAAGCCCUGAAAAAGUACCACUUUUGCCUCUAAUAGCCGCAAAUAAAUCAUCGAUCAGUGCACCACCGUGA